UUCCGGCCGCAUUUCCAGCGCCUCGACUGUCUUCAGAAGAGCGAUUCAAUCUGUUGAAUGUACUGUCGGCAGGCGGAGGAGGAAGGAGCGGUCGUUUUACCGACGGACAUCGACAAAACUCAGGCUGGCAGGAACUACCCAGUGUGCAUCAGCCAGCUACUGACAAUCAUGGCAACCACUGUGAUGGAGAGCAUCGGCCGAGUGUUCAUCAGCCUGCAGCAGAUCCGGCAGUUUCCCCAGUUGCUGACUGACGCUGCACCCUCCAUGCCCGGCACCGUCAGAGACACCGAGGUUCCCUCCUACUUCCGGGAACGCUACGUCUGCACCGGCUAUCGUCCACUCAACCAAAACUGGCGCUACUACUUCCUGUCCUUGUUUCAGCGCCACAAUGAAACCUUAAACAUUUGGACUCACCUGGUGGCAUUUUUAGUGUUGCUGAUUAAAUUGUGCCAGCUUACUGAGACUGUGGACUUUAUCAGUGACCGUCAUUCGUGGCCCCUGCUCAUCCUCGUCCUGUCCUCUUUGACCUACUCUGCAUUCAGUGUUGUAGCUCACUUACUGGGAGGAAAGUCUGACCUUGCUCAUUAUUGCUUCUACUUUCUGGACUACGUAGGGGUAGCGCAGUAUCAGUAUGGCAGCGCUGUAGUCCACUUUUACUAUGCUGUUGAUGAAAGCGUCCAUGGACUGGUGAGUGGUAUCUUCAUGCCCACCGCCGCAAUCCUCAGCUGCCUUUCAUGUUUGGGAUGCUGCUACGGCAAAUACUGCAACCACAGCCUACCAACGUGGGUGCGUAAGGUGUGCCAGGUGGUACCUUCAGCACUCGCCUAUUCCUGGGACAUCAGUCCAGUGGCCAAGAGACUGUUCUUCUGGUCCAGCAGUGAUCCAGCCAUCAUCUACCACUUUGGCCAGGUGGCGUUCUUCCUCAGCUGUGCCUUCUUCUUCACCUGCCCUCUGCUGGAGCGCUGUUUCCCCGGGCGGUGUGAUUUUGUGGGACAGAGUCAUCAAAUCUUCCACGUUUUCUUAUCUUGCUGCACCCUGUGUCAGAUCCACGCCUCCUACCUGGACUUUGUGGGCCGCAGGAAGUUGUACUCAAGUCUGCACGGAAGUGGUGAUGUUGUUCUAUUUGUGGGGCUGUAUGUGGUCACUUUGAUUAUGUGUGUUGGAAUUGCUGCUUUAAUGUUGAGGAAAGUGAAACAAGUGCUGGACUUCAAAUUAAAGUCCAAAUAAUCAUACAAGCCUUCCUUUAGUGUCACUCCUUUCAUAGAAAGGGAACUGAUUAUUUUUGCAGCAUAAUAAAUAAAUAGGUAGCAAAUUGCAAGAGGGAUAAACAGUGAUAUUAGAAUUUUUAUAUUCUUAUGGAUUAUUUCUGAAUAACACAGAAUUUUCAUGUAUUAACAAAGCCUGGUGCUUUAUUUAAAAGAGUACAAUUCUGUAAGUUUAGGAAGAUCAUUAAAAGUAAAAAAUGAUUGCCUACAUGUUAUUCUGUCAAUUUACAGUAGUGUUAUUUAAACAGAUGAUAUGUACUUUGUUAAAUUGUCAUGUUGUAAGG